GUAGCCGCUGGAAGAGAAGAAGAAGAAAAACCAGGCGUCUGGCGGGUUCGGGUCAGCUGGAUUUUGUGAGAUUCUAUACACAAUUCUAAGCUUGAAACGAUCAAAGACAGACGCAGUACUGCUUCUGGCUGGCCUGUGUGUUCGCCGUACAGUUACGACCCAUAAACGACUCUUUACUGUGAGUUUCUACCCACUGAGGACGUGAAUUUGCUUUUGAAAUCUCCCAACUGUAGAACUCAGCUAGCUUCACGCAGCAGGAUUCCGACCUCGCAUAGCGCGUUGGAGAUGCUUCAGUGGGACCUGUCUCCAUUCUCCGUGACUCCGGCCGCCAGCGUUUUGGCCAGAUGCGUCUCCAGAGGCGCGUUGUCACAGGAGGAAAUAGAGUCGGUGUCCUCCAGGCCGACCCCCGCCUUCUCACCCCACCUGCACGAGGCUGAACAGCGAUUCAGAACACAGAGACAACUGGACCAGCUGCAGCUGGAGAUGCAGCUGCUGCAGAUGGAGAAGCAGGACAACGACAUCACACACACCUUUUACCUGACUCAGAGGUUUCAGAUGGUUCAGAUUUUCUGUAGUCAUCUGCAGGAUGUCCUGAAGGACCACACACGUCUUAGACAGAGACUGAUGAGGCCACUGGGUCGCACCAACCUACCUGUCCAGGCUCAGCUGCACAGGUCUGUGGUGAACUCUGUGAAGGUGCUGCUGGACUUUAUCGAGACUCUGGAAGAAAAGCUUAAAUUGGUUCACAGUUGGACUAAAACCAGAGACCUCCUCGUGCAACUGUUGCUCCAAUCUCUGUCAUCUCCGCCUGUGUCAGGACACCUCUAUGGCUCAGCUACUGGCUCAGGUGGUGGAGCUGCAGACUUUGUCCAGUCAGGUUUUCCAGUGGAGGGAGGUAGGCAGCAGCCUGCGGAGUGAUGGCUCAGCAUGAUGACUUCUGAUCUCCUGGAUGUGGUCUUAUUGGACAGAGACAGUUUUCAUUUUUUGGGUUUGAACCUGUUCAGAUGCUUUUCUUGUAAUAAAAUCAAAUUUCUGUAAAAACGA